AUGUCUAUGUCAAUCGAGGAUAGCCAGCGUGUCCGGGAGGGAUUCCCCAGACCGGUCCCAGAUACGCCGAGCAAUGUAAUGGACCAAUUCAAGAUGACCGACAAGGUGGUCGUUGUUGUGGGCGCGGCGGAUGGAAUCGGUAAGGCCGUAGCGGAAGCUAUGGCAGAGGCAAAGGCCCAUGUUGCUUUGUGGUUUAAUACCAACACUGCAGCGGUAGAACAUGCAGAUUCGUUUGCGAAGGCACAUGGAGUGCAGACCAAAGCUUACAAGGUUGAUGUAACAAAUGCCGAGAGCGUUCGAAACUCCAUUGCAAAAGUCGUGGAAGACUUCGGCAAGAUCGAUGUUUUUGUCGCAAACGCUGGAAUUGCCCACUGUCAGCCUCUGCUUGAACAAAGCUUGGAGCAUUAUAAAGAAACAAUGGCUGUCAAUGUUGAUGGUGUUGUCCAUUGUGCCAAAUUCGUAGGAGAGGUCUUUAAGCGUCAGGGGAAAGGAAAUCUGAUCAUAACAUCAAGUAUGAGUGCACAAAUCGUCAAUGUUCCAGUUGACCAGCCAGUCUACAAUGCAAGCAAGGCUUUUGUCACGCACUUAGGCAAAUCUCUUGCGGUUGAGUGGAGAGACUUUGCACGAGUAAACAUUGUUUCUCCUGGAUAUUUCAACACUAAAAUGGGGGCUGGCGAACUGGAACUUAAUGAAGCCUAUCGCAUGACACCGUUAGGUCGGCAGGGAGACACAAAGGAGAUCAAGGGUCUAUAUCUCUUGCUGGCUAGUGAUGCAUCAAGCUACAUGACUGGAAGUGACGUCUUAAUUGACGGAGGGUAUGUGUUGCCCUAG